GGGACCUUAAUGGUAAUGUUCAUGGUGCCAUCACCAUUUUUGGUGCUGUCUUCCCCGAUAUGAAUUCGUGGGACUAAGAAACGCUUCGAAAUUGAAUUGGUCCUAUCUGGUGCUAUCACCGAAUCAGUAAACAUUAUAAACAUAAAAAUAAACAUUCAGGGUACUUUAAAAACAUAUUGACAUAACCUCUCUGGGUCAAAUGUCAAACUUCUGUCACCCUCAGUCAAAAUAUGGCAUACAGAGCAAGACUCAAAGAAUUCGAUGAUGUCCUGGACCAGGAAGUUAUAGACUUGAAAAAAUUAAAAAGCUUGUCGUUUCAUGGUAUUCCUGACGAUCAGGGCCGGAGGGCUCUGUGUUGGAGGCUGUUGUUAAAUUAUUUACCCACUGAUAAGUCACAAUGGCCCUUAUUUUUGCAAGAAAAGCGACAAUUGUACAAACAAUUCAUCGACGAGAUGGUGGUCAUGCCAGGGUCACAGGAAGGCAAUGGGGAUGUUACAGAAGGGGACCACCCUUUGAGCAUCAAUCCGGACAGCCAGUGGCAGACUUUUUUCAAAGAUAACGAAGUUCUCUUACAGAUUGAUAAGGAUGUGAGGAGGCUUUGCCCCGAUAUUUCGUUCUUCCAGCAACCAACGGAAUUUCCCUGCCAGGAAAUUGUCAACAGUAAUGACGUCAAGAGGCUACACACUAGGGUACAAAGAAGCGUCUUAAAGUGUGCCAAUGUGGAAAGGAAAGGAUUAGGGAUCACUAAGAUAGCGCUAUCGAUUAAGAAAGCCAACGAAGACUACGCCCCCAUGACGGAGGGCAAAGAAGCGCACUGGGAGGUGGUGGAGCGCAUCCUCUUCCUCUACGCUAAACUCAACCCAGGUCAAGGCUACGUCCAAGGCAUGAACGAGAUAAUUGGCCCCAUUUACCAUGCAUUUGCCUGCGACCCGGACAUCACUUUCAGAGAACACGCCGAGUGUGACAGUUUUUUCUGCUUUACGAAUCUAAUGUCAGAAAUCCGAGAUUUCUUUAUAAAAAGUCUCGACGAAACCGACCACGGAAUUAACAAAAUGAUGAGCCGGAUGUUAGUACAAUUGAAAAACAGCGAUCUCGACGUAUGGCUCAAGUUUCAACAGUUGGAACUCAAGCCGCAAUUUUAUAGUUUCAGGUGGAUUACGCUGUUGCUAUCGCAGGAAUUCCCCCUGCCUGACGUGCUCAGGAUAUGGGACACCCUGUUCUCAGAUGAGUCACGUUUUGAUUUCCUGAUCUAUGUUUGUUGCGCCAUGAUUGUUAUUUUAAGGAACAAGUUGUUAAAUGGCGACUUUCCCUCCAAUCUCAAAUUAUUACAAAACUUCCCACCCAUGGAUGUACAGAUUAUUUUAUCGAAAGCUGUCGAAUUAUCGAAACAAAAGAAUUAAGAACAAUCAAGUUGCCAUUUGAUUUUAUCUCAAGCUCAAACUGAUCUAGUUGCCAUUUCGUACUAAUUCUCCCCCACAGCCACCUUGAGCAUUUUUGCCAAAGUAUCGGUAAUCUAUCAAGGAGGCUGUGCUUCAAACACACCCUCGAUUACGUAAAACGUGUCUUGGGAUUCUGUUCCUAACGAGUAAAACUCCAACAUCACGUCAUCAGUUUUAAUUAUUAUCUUAAGCAUUUAUCAAUUAUACCGUGAUAUAUUACAAAUAUUAAGUGUUUUUAGGUUAGCAAAUAUCAUGACAGGUACUGUAAAUUGCCCAAAGCAUCUUACGCCGUUCUGUACCAUGCAGUUAACUUUGAAAUUAAGUUGGCAACACGCUGAACUUGCCAGUUACUGUUGCCAACUAAAUUUCAAGGCCAAAGGCUUUGGAAUUUGAACUGGAACAUUAACGGCACUCCGAACUUCCAUUUAAGUCAAUUUUAUACUUUUCAUAAGCAGUGAAAUUAUUUUAUUAAUAAAAUUAUAAAGUUUC